UUUUUAUUGAAUUGCCAAUCCAGAAUACAAUGAGAGAAGAUUGUCAAAUAUGUCUGUCACAAGCAGCAAAGUAUACAUGCCCAAAAUGCAGAGUAAAGACUUGCUCGCUACCAUGUGUUCAAUCCCACAAGAAACUGCAAAGCUGUGAUGGAAAAAGAGACAAGGCCGGCUAUAUUGCUAAAAAAAAGUACGACAUGGCAUGUCUUACAAGUGACUAUUGCUUUUUGGAAGAUGUAUCUCGGGCAGCGGAUAAUGCAACCCGAGACAAUGCAAACAGUCCAUCUCUCGUUCAUGCAAAUACAUUGCAUAAGCCAGCUCGACCUUUGUCGUACAUGCAGCAUUUACUCACAAAAGAAUGCCGCAGUCGUGGAACAACUGUCAAGUUUAUGUCUGCUGGCAUGAAACGGCACGAUGCCAACCAAUCCAUGUAUAGGAAAAAAGAUCAAACUAUUUGUUGGACUGUAGAGUGGACGUUUGUUAUGGGAGAAUCUGCUCCACAGAUUCGCGUUUUAGAUGCAAGAGUGGACGAAACUUGUACUCUCAAGGCUGCUUUGGAAAGACUGCUGGCAGACCGACCAGGGAAUACAAUACAACGUCACAAUCUAAAAAAGUUUUGCAGUGAUAGUGGAGAUCACAGUGUGUCGGUUAAGCUUUUGCAAGAGGAUAUUCCGGUGAAUGAGCGAAUGCAAGGAUCUGGACUAGACACGAACUUGACUUUGAGGCAAGUGCUACAAGACAAGACAGUGAUUGAGAUGCCGAGGUUUAUAGUAGAGAUUGAUGGGACAAGACCAGCCACUACAAUACAAUAAUAAACGGAUUUGAGUCAACCCCU